GUUAUGUCUGUUGCCGUAAUGAGUCAGAUGGGAAAACCGGCGGCUAGGUGCCUAGCGACUGGGGGUCUUUACAUAGGUAUUUAUACAGAGUCUUGUCGUCUCGAGUUUGUCUGUUUCCUUUUCCUUGGGCCUACCAAAGCAUAGAAGUUCCUCCUAGUAGUCCUAAGCGUGGUAUCCCGUACCUCGGUCACAGUCAUUAUUAUAUCUAGACUCGGAUCUUCUCAUCAGCCCCAAGUUCAGUGUCUCCGCCCGAAUUGCCAGUCGUCUACACCGAGUCGCCAGCCAGCAUGGAUCAGAAUCGCCCUUCUCCCAAGCAAGAUGCCGGCGCUUCCUUUCGAUCACGCCGGCUUCUCGCGGACAUCAAGGAGCUAGUAGCCAAGCCAUACCCAAAUAUACAGCUACAUGUCAACGAAGACGACCUCUCGCGAGCUUGUCUGAUUCUCAACCCGGCCAACUACAAGCCCCUUCACCUCACCGUCACUUUCCGGCACAACUACCCCAUAGGCCCACCCAAGAUCCAAAUGGACUCCAGCGUCCAGCACCCCAAUGUCUUCGACGGUUACAUUUGCGCGAGCAUCCCCAACACAGAGGAGGGAUAUACGCCCGCCUAUACCCUCAAGGGCAUCGCGAUCCAGAUGUUGAGCUUCUUCUCCAGCGACAGCGUCGAACAGUCGUACGGGGGCAAUACGAGUCUAGCCGGCUUCAAGGCUACAGAUAGGUCGUUAUACGACAGCUUCCAGUGCCAGCAGUGCGGUUUUAACUCGAGCCAGCCAUCGCCAAAGAAGCAACCCAGACAGCAAGCCCAGUUCAAUGCUCUCGUCGAUAGCGAGCCAGGCCUAUGGCCCACGCUGUCGAGCGCUCGGGCGCCGAGGAAAAGGAAGCAAGGGGCUAAGAGGACCGAGCCAGCCAGCUCGCUCCGAGGAACUCCCGUCCUAGGCAAAGAGGUGAAAACGUGCGAGAUAGGCCGGCUGCCGAACGAGGUCUUGCUGCUCGUCAUCGAAAACAUGGACUUCGAGGAGCUGACCAGCUUCGCGGCGGCGUGGCCGAGGAUCAGCCAGAUCGUGGCGGACUUUGACGUGGUGCGGCAGCGCGAGCUGCAGUGCUUCUGCCUCAAGCGGAACUACCUGACGGUCAAGCUCGGCGUCGGCGUCUCGGUCCGGCGCGGGCACGUGGCCUCCGAGUUCGACCUGCUGUCGCAGGAGGCCUUCCGGCACUGGCGCAUCCGCCGCUCGGUCAACCACAUCGCCUUCGACCACUGGCUGCCGCUGCCCAUCUCGCAGCAGCACUGGCGGCGCGUGCGCGGCGACGCCGCCGCCACGCUCGGCGCCGUGCGCCGGGGCCUCCGCGGCGGGCCCUCCACCGACGCCCAGGUCCUCUUCGCCUUCAUGAACGACGUCGUCGUGCGGCUCAACGAGGUGGCCGCCGGCGCUCCCGAUGGCGGCGCGGCGCGCAGCACCCUGCGCCACGCGUCCGAGAAGGCCAUCGAGUCCUACUUCCACCUGUUCCACCUGCUCGUGUGCCUCGCGGCGGAGGACGCGGCGCUGGUGGCCGGCGCGAACGCGCUGCUGCGCAGCUUCGCCGCGGGGCGGCGCGCCAAGGCCGACUGCCCGAACCUCGGCCACCUGCUGGUGGCGCGGCUGAUCUCGGACGUGGAGCCGAGCGAGGAGCUCACCAAGGCCAUCGUGGUCGAGGCCAUCACGCGCAACGUCGUCUGGCUGCUCGACCGCCGCGGCGCCGGCCUCGCCGAGCUCGCGUACCUCGAGGCCGACCCCGUCUCGCACUACCGCCUCGCGCGCACCUUCGCCGGCUCCCGCACCUCGUACCGCCUGCUCAUGUUCGCGGAGCUGUUCCGGCGCACGGCGCGCCCGGCCUCUUCGGCGAGCGGCGGCGCCGCCGGACUGGCCCGCGUGCGCGACGAGCUGUUCGCGCGGCACGGAGCGCCGCCGCGCGGGGCCGCAGCGCGGCUCGCGGCCGAGGUGCGCAGGCUGCACGAGGUGUCGGACUUCCCGGCGUUCCUGCGCGAGAUGGGGCUCGCGCAGGUGCCGAGCGCGGAGAGGUUCACCGAGGUGCUGCGGGACACGGUGCGCGCCAGCAUGGAGAAGGGCUACUCGCGGUGGGGCGUGGCGCCGGAGAUGGCGCUCGUUCUGCGGGCCCAGAAGGACCCCGGCCUGGCGAUGACGCCGGAGAUGCACGCCGUGGUGAAGAACCUGCGCGUCGCCGGCGUCAAUCCUAACCGAAGCUUCUUCCCGAACGGCGACAGGUAGGGUUGAUGGGUGUAUGAAUAAUGGUGAGGAAACCUAGAUAAUCAGAACGGCCGGAAUGAAGUGAAUACUAGUAGGGGUUGGUGUUAAAAAUUAUUUGAUAGAUUAGCUAUGAAUUAAUUAAUACCCACCGGUAUGUGUAUUAUUACUCUGCUGCUGUCCGCCACGUUGUUGUAGUUGUCCGAGCCAAUGUCAUUCCUACGGUACAGUCCUUAGCAAUCCCCCCCCGACUCUGGCACUGUCACAAGAACGCCUGAGAAAG